AUGGCCUCACGAAAACUCAACGUACUGGUCUAUACUGGCACCGGCACGACCGUAGAGUCCGUCCGCCACUGCAUCUACUCUCUCCGCCGCCUGCUCUCCCCCACCUACGCCGUCAUCCCCGUCGCCGAGUCCGCCCUCCUCAAGGAACCCUGGCAGCCCACUUGCGCGCUCCUCGUCAUCCCCGGCGGCGGCGAUCUCGGCUAUUGCCGCGUUCUGAACGGCCCCGGCAACCGCCGCAUCGCCGAUUUCGUCCGCCGCGGCGGCGCGUACCUCGGCUUCUGUGCGGGGGGUUACUACGGCAGCCGUCAGUGCGAAUUCGAGGUCGGCAACCGCACGCUCGAGGUCAUUGGGACCCGCGAGCUUGGCUUCUUCCCAGGGACGUGUCGCGGCGGGGCGUUCAAGGGAUUCGAGUAUCACAGCGAGAAGGGCGCAAGGGCGGUGCGGUUGAGUGUGAAGGAGGGGUUCGGGGACGGGGAGGUGCUGAGUUACUACAACGGCGGAGGCGUCUUUGUCGAUGCUGACAAGUUUGACGGUGUCGAGGUGUUGGCGCAGUAUGCCGACGACGUCGCCGUCGACGGCGGAGACGGCAAGGCUGCCGUCAUCUUCUGCAAAAUCGGCUCCGGCAGUGUCAUCUUGACCGGCCCUCACCCGGAAUUCGCAGCCGCAAACCUCCACCCGCAGCCGCACAUCCCCUCCUAUGAAUCCCUUACCUCUACUCUCGCCGCCGCCGACGCUGCCCGCGUCACUUUCCUCCGCGCCUGCCUGUCCAAACUCGGUCUCGACCUCAGCGCCGAUCCGUCCGCGCCGCCAUCGCUCUCGCGCAUGCACCUGACCUCUGCGAACCACGCCGAGGUGGGCGAGAUGCUGGCGUCGUGGGAAGAGGCCAUCACUCGUGAGGGCGAGGGCGCGGACGCCGAGGAGUACAUCCGCGGUGAGCACGACGUGUUCCGCAUCGAAAAGCAUUCUUCGCGAUGGGACGUCGACGAGCUGCGGGAGGCGCUGCCGCAAGGGAAGGAGGCGGCGAUGAUUGAUUACGACGGGGUUGUCAAGGUCAUUGUCCCGCACGAGGAGGCGUGGCCCGACGUCAAGGAAACGCCGAGUUUCAACCACAGGUUGUUCUACAACUCGCUCCAGGGGUACCGUGCAAGGGAACCCACGGCCGAGGAGUGGGGUGAUACCCUCAUGUACGGGGAGGUCGUCACCAGCACUAACACCCUCAUGGAUAAGAACCCCAAGCUCCUCGCGCACCUCCCGACCGGCUUCACGCUCACGGCAACGACUCAAGUCGCCGGCCGCGGCCGCGGCACGAAUGUCUGGGUCUCGCCGGCGGGCUGCCUCAUCUUCUCCACCGUCAUCAACCAUCCGGCACACCUAGCCGCCUCCCACCCAGUCGUCUUCAUACAGUACAUCGCCGCCAUCGCCAUCGUCGAGGCCGUCAAGUCGUACGACGACGGCUGCGGAGACGUUCCUGUCAAGCUCAAGUGGCCCAAUGACAUUUAUUGCCGCGACCCAAACACUCCCACGACAGACCCGCCCUCGUACGUCAAAAUCGGCGGCAUCCUCUCCAACUGCGCUUACUCCCAGGGCGCCUACCAAAUCGUCCUCGGCAUCGGCAUCAACACGACAAACUCGCGCCCCACGACCUCGCUCAACGCCAUCGCGCCGGCAUCGCUCGCGGGCGGGUUCCACCUCGAGACGCUGCUCGCGCGGAUCCUCACGCGCAUCGAGGCGCUGUACAAGCAGUUCCGCCGCGAGGGCUUCUCCCGCGACCUCGAGGAACGGUACUACGCGCACUGGCUGCACAGCGGGCAGAACGUCACGCUCGAGGCGGAGGCGGGUGCCAAGGCCAAGAUCGUGGGCAUCACGAGGGACUGGGGCAUGUUGAAGGCCGUCGAGGUCGACUCGAUGGGCAGGGAGACGGGGAGGAUGUGGGCGCUGCAGAGCGACGAGAACAGCUUUGAUUUCUGGAGGGGGCUCGUUAAGAGGAAGUUGUAG